AUGAGCUUCUUCACGGCCGUGAUUGGCGUCUUGGCCCCUCUCAUGAUUGCGCUGUCGCCCGUGCUGUCCUAUGGCGACCAGGCCCUCGCGAUGCACCGCAGCAAGUCGAGCGCCGGCUUCUCGCUCGAUAUUCCGCUCAUCAUGCUUGUCGCUUCUUUUCUCCGCAUCUUUUACUGGCCCGGCGCGCGAUACGAUACGAGUCUACUUGUCCAGUCCGUCAUCAUGGUCGGCAUGCAGCUGGCCCUGCUCAAAAUCGCCCUUGACAACCGCCCCGGCCCCUCCUCCAAGGGAGGCGAGUCCAGCCAGCCAUUCAACGGCAUGCAGGCCAACGAAAAGGGCUUCGUCGAGGCUAUCCUAAACUUUGAGCGCCCCUACAACUUUUGGCAGUGGAAGGCGGACAAGCCGUACUGGCACUUCCUCAUGUACUUUGCCCUCGCCCUCUGCGUCCUCCAGCUCAUCUUCGCGCCGAUCCACUCCUUUUACGGCUUCUACUCGGAGAUGCUCGGCAUCGUCGGGCUCUCCGUCGAGGCCACCCUGCCGCUCCCGCAAAUCGUCGCCAACAUCCAGACCCGCGCCUGCAAGGGCUUCCGCCUCUCCGUCCUCGCCAGCUGGCUCAUCGGCGACGCCAUGAAGAUGAUUUGGUUCUUCACCUCGACCUCGGAGAUUCCCUGGGCCUUCAAGGUCUGCGGCGUCUUCCAGGCCAGCUGCGACUGCCUGCUCGGCCUGCAAUACUUCUUCUUUGAGACCCAGGCCGGCGCCCAGCUGCUCCAGUCGACACCGUUUGCCUCGGCCGUCAGCAGCCACCACAGCGUCCAGUACCACCAGAUGCAGCAACUGCAGGACAGUGACUGGGAUAGCCACCACCACCCGUCCGAAUACAAGCCUGCCCUGCACGCCCCCGCGAGAAGCCUCACCCCGACGAGACGGCCUGCGCCCUUUAGCGACGACGGUGUGGAAUAG